AUGAAGAAGAAGGUUGUUCAGCAAAAAUGGCAGAAGAAGGUUUUUGGUUUGAUCUUAGUGGUGGUGCUUUGUUUUGGAAGUUUAUUGUUUAUGCAGAUGAGGUAUACUCAUGUUUUGGGGCUUGUUUCAUUGCAACAUCAGUUUGUUUCUCAAUCUCAAGUUCAGAAACCAAAGAUUGCCUUUCUUUUCAUUGCAAGAAAUAGGCUUCCUUUGGAAAUGGUUUGGGAUGCAUUCUUUAGGGGAGGCGAUAACAAUUUCUCGAUUUUCGUUCACCCUAGACCAGGGUUUCUGUUGAAUGAAGCAACAACUAGAUCAUCAUAUUUUUUGAACCGUCAAGUUAAUAAUAGCAUACAGGUAGAUUGGGGAGAAGCAAGCAUGAUAGAGGCCGAGCGCAUUUUACUUAGACAUGCGCUCGGCGAUCCUUUAAAUGACCGCUUUGUUUUCCUCUCAGAUAGCUGUAUACCUUUAUACAACUUCAGCUACACAUAUGAUUACAUCAUGUCAACACCAACUAGUUUCGUCGAUAGCUUUGCUGAUACGAAAGGAGGUCGUUACAAUCCAAAAAUGAAUCCAGUUAUUCCGGUCUAUAAUUGGAGAAAAGGAUCUCAGUGGGCUGUUCUGACUAGGAAGCAUGCAAAGGUUGUAGUCGAGGACGAAACUGUCUUUCCUAUGUUUAAAAAAUACUGCAAGAAAAAGCCGCUACCCGAAUUUUGGAGGGAUCAAAUCAUUCCUGCUGACACGUCGAAGGUGCAUAACUGUAUACCAGAUGAACACUAUGUUCAAACAUUGCUGGCUCAAAAAGACCUUGAAAAGGAGCUCACGCGAAGGUCGGUGACACAUACUGCCUGGGAUAUUUCCAACUCAAGAGACCGUGAGCGCCGCGGAUGGCAUCCAGUGACUUACAAAUUCUCAGACGCUACUCCGAUGCUUAUAAAAUUUAUAAAGGAAAUAGAUAAUAUUUACUACGAAACUGAAUACAGAAGAGAAUGGUGUACAAGCAAGGGUAAACCAUCAACAUGCUUCCUUUUCGCAAGAAAGUUUACUAGGACUGCAGCUUUGAGGCUUCUUAACAUGUCUGUUCUGGGAGAUUUCAGUUAA